AUGUCCUACAAGAGGUCACGCGCAACUUUCGAGGCCGAUCUUACUGCUCAACAAUCACCCUACGUUUUCUUCGGCACACCUCUUCCACCGCGCGACCCCGAAGUUCGCGACGAUGGCUCCUACGUACCGAUCUGGAAGCAGGAGGUGAGGGACGAGAGAGGGAGGAAAAGACUACACGGCGCAUUCACAGGAGGAUUCAGUGCAGGCUACUUUAACACCGUCGGCUCCAAAGAAGGAUGGACACCCUCGACAUUUGUCUCAUCACGAACCAACCGUCACAAAGAUGCCCCGAAAGCUGUCCAACAACGACCGGAGGACUUUAUGGACGAGGAGGAUCUUGCCGAUGCUGAAGAAGCCAAGAAAAUCCAGACCAACGCCGCCUUCGCCGGGCUAGGCUCGACCGCGAACGAUGCCACACGAGCGAGCAGCCUUAUGGGCCUCUUUCGUACCCAGGGUGAAACUAUGGGUGUGAAACUACUCAAGAAGAUGGGCUGGAGGGAAGGUCAAGGCAUUGGCCCCAAGGUACGGAGGAAAGCGCGACUCGAGCUGCAGAACGAUGCGACUGCCCAAGGGGGAACUUUCCUCUUUGCGCCGGAAAACGUACCCAUGAUUGCGUUUGUGAAGAAGACGGAUCGCAAGGGCUUAGGGUACGCGGGAGAGAGCAGACUGACGCCAAUCGGUCUGUCGGGGUCAAAGAAAAGCAGUCACGGUGACACGGACGACGAAGAUGAAGACGACUACGGCUCGCUGGGACGACCAAAACUCACAAUAGGCGGGGCUCGGAAGAAGGAAACCAACAAGGUUCGAGGAGGUAUAGGGAUAGGCGUCCUGAAUGAUACCGGCUCAGACGACGAAGAUCCAUACGAAGUCGGCCCCAAAAUAUCCUACAACCGAGUAAUAGGCGGAGACAAGAAGAAAAAGAAGGCUACGAUAGCGGCCAACCCGACGUUACAAGCAAAACCGAAGUUCAUCACCAAGAAAGCAGCAUCAUCAAUAUUAGGCAAAGUAGGGUUAGGAGUUCGCAAAUGCCACGACGGCCGCCUACCCCUCGACGGGUUCGUCUUCGGCAAAGAACCCGACGCCCUCACAACCGAAACCAACUCCGAAGGAAAAUACCCACCUCCCCAGAUCCCUCCAGGGUGGGUAUCAUCCAGGACACCCAAACCGGAAUCCGGCGGGUCCCCAGCAGCAAACUACGUCUCAACAGCCGACGUAGCCAAAGCCUCCACCCUCGACCCCAAAGCCCGCGCCGCCCUCCUUGGCGAAAAGCAGUUACCCGGAAAAUCCGUCUUCGACUUCAUCUCCCCCGCCUCUCGCGACCGUCUCGCCGCCGUCACGGGCCGCUCCGACCUGCCCCAAGCUUUCGGGGAAGUUCCCGCCGCCUACGCCCGCAGCGAAGCCGAAAAGCAACAAGAACUCCUCGACCGCGUUCCCAAACUCGACAAGGAGACCGCCAUAGCCGCCAUCUCCCGCGGCAUCGGCGGUGGCGCGCCCUAUGCUGAAGACGAGGAGAAGCGUGCACGGUAUAGAGGGUACUUGGAGUUCCAAGCGGGGUUUAGACCGCAACUACCACCGAAGCCGAAGAAGUUGACGGAUGAGGAGUGGUUGAGGGAGUUUCAUGAGUUCUUCAAUUGUGCGCGGAUCUUUAAGCCGAUGACGGGGUUUAUGGCUAGUCGGUUUACUACGAGUUCAUCGACCAAAGCUGCUACGUCAACUACUGGGGACAAAGACAGUUUGGUAUCAAAACCGCCACCAAAACCAGAGGAUCCAGCGGAAGAGGCGGCGAGAUUGGGUAUGUUUGGCACCAUGACUAGGUCUACGACGGACUUUUAUCCUACGAGGUUGUUGUGUAAGCGGUUUGGAGUCAAGCCGCCGGCACAUGUGCAGCCUGAUAAUUACGAUGCGACUAGUGCUGUUGAGAGGGAGUUGUUGGGUUUGGAGUUUGGGAGCACUGGCGGCGGAGGAGGAGGAGGGAGUACGGCCAUGGCUGAUUUGGAAAGAGGAGGAGGAGAGGCACAGAAGCCUGCGGCUGCGGUCCUUGAUACGUCGAGGAAUGAGGCGUUGGAAGGGAAGAGGCCGGGAGAUGAAGUGUUCAAGGCCAUUUUUGGGGAUAAUUCCAGCUGCUCGUCCUCCGGGCCCAUCUUCGACCACCCUCCACAUCACCACAGGGCCUCUCGCCUUUCUCUCCCCAAACGGCGUAGCGCAGAAGAAGACACUGGAUUGCUAUCCGACCUGGACCUGGACCUGAACCUGGACAACCUGGCCCUGGAUCACCAUCACCUAAACCACCUGUCCGACGACAACAACACCAUACCCGAGACACUUCCGCCGGGUCUUGUCUGCUUCACUGCAGAAGUCAACGGCUUCCGUCGCCCAACUACCACCACCGCUGUCGCCGGUCCUGAGCCACCAUCGGCCUCUCGUUCUCCGCCACCCCAAUACCCGGCGUCCGAGUCCUCUUCAGCCGGACGACCUCCGCCCUUCUCGUCGCUCUUUGCCAGUCCAUCAGCGGACCCCGAACUUGCCAGUUCAGCAUCCGUCUUUGAACCAUUCGACGGCAAGUACGCCGCCGUUUCAGUCACCGAUUUCGAUAAUAACGACGUCGUCAACGACCAAGACGAAUUAAACGAAGUCGCAUCAUCGCCAUCUGCCGCCCCAGCUUACGCGCCGUCCGAUCCAUUCGUUGUACAUCAUCCAUCAGGAGUAGGAAGCAGUAGUAGUGCUUUUGUCGCCACCGCGCCUUCGACCUCGUCCCCCGGAUUCCAGUUCCAGGACGAAACCAAGCGCGCGCUCUCUCAAAAGGAGGAUACCAAGGGCGAGUCAUCUCGCAAGGAGGAAGAAGCAGAGCCGCCACCGGCAUAUUCGGAGGGAUCCAGUCCCCUCCAGUCUUUCACAUAUCUAAUGGCUGCCGCGGGAGGAGCGUCGAGUAUCAUUACUCAGGUCCAGCAGGGUGGACCGCCUAUUAAUACCCUUGGAGAUGUCGCCGCCGAUGAGACGAUUACUAUUGACCUGCGGGGAACGCGGUUCACACUAUCACGCGACGAGUUGCUAACGUUACCCGAAUUCGUCCUUUUGUCCCUCUUUCCCAAUGGACUCUUCCCCGAAGGACACAUGGGUGGCUUUGGCGAGGGAGAUGCCGUACAAGUUGACUAUGACCCAGCAUCCCUACAAUACAUGCUGGAGUUCUUCCGCACAGUAGCCCAGUCCAUCCCCGUAGACCCUUCCAACCCCCAAGAUGGCAGCGAUGGCAUAGUACCCCUCGACCCGGCGUCUGGCGCAAGAGGUGAUGACGGUUCUAAGCGCGCCGGCAUCAUUGUGCUGCGCGAGGACCUGGACUUCUACGCCAUCCCCCCUCGCGCCGACCUUGGUCAGGCUGAGAUGAUGGAGAUCAAGCGCGCGGCUGCUCGAGCGCUGCUCAAGCAGGAUGGUAUUUUCAGCGGGCUGAAGAAGAGUGAUGAGCCGGGCACGACCGAGGCGCAUUUGAUUGAGAUGUUGACUGCUGGCGGCUUCAACUACGACGACCGCUGGGGCCAUCGCGCCGGCGAGCCCAACAAGGCCGUCAUCUGCUCCCUCGCCCUCGCCCGCCUGCGCUCCGACAUCAAGGGCAACGAGAUGGGCAGCAACGCCGUCGGCAUGGCCCAGAAGCUUUUGCUUUUCUGGCGCAAGCCCGCUCGCAGGUGCUGGUGGGAAGGUGUCGAGCUCGAGGGUGUCGAGGGUCUCGAGCCCGGCACGAAGCUGAAGGUGUGGAUCCGCAGGGUGUGGACGCUGGAGAUGAGUGUGAUUGGACUGCGUUAG